AUUCAUCCCAUAGUUACUUUUGCUAUCCCUCUCGGGUUUCUUCGUGGCCUACGGGAAAGGGUCGUUAAAGGCUGUCCAUUGCGACGUCGCCGAGGACACACCAGGGAGGGUCGACGUUUACCCAUUCAUCCACCCAUUCACCGCUAAUAGUGCCCAACUAGCCACUCGCUCCUCGCUCCAUCCUUUCUUUUCCCUUCCCCCUUCCCCCCACCUCGCGGUUGACUUGGUCGCUGCUCACCCCUCUGUGGACCUGCUUCCUUAGUUCCUCUUAAACCUCCAACGCUCAUCUGACCUUUGGGUGGUGACGAUAUCAUCUUGGCUACAUUUCAUCUUGAUUUUCUUUCCUUUCUUUUUUUCCCCUCGCUUUCACUUCUCUUCUUUCCUCGUUUGCAGUGUUUUGGCGUUGAUUUUGCGAGAUUUAUUUUUCCCUUUCUGAACUUGUCGACUUCAGUUCCCCGGUGGGUUUUUCCCGGUCGCCCUUAUCGAUUCGGUUACGCCUAAGAUCGCCGAAGGAGCUCACCGGCCCCAGGUUCUCAGUGCUAAGCGGCGGGCCCUCCUGACCCCGUCUCCUACCUCCCUCUCCCUCCACCUUGCCACAAUUCAUCGAGCCAACACCGCACAAAAUACCACCUUCCCGCCUUAGCCUCACCAAUCUUUUGCAGCUCACGACUCGGCCCUUACGGAGACAGGUGGGCUGGUCUGACAGGGUGAUUCAAUCUGAAGGGAAAUAAAUUAUACUCGUGUGUGGUCAUUGAAACCGUUAAAAGGAUCCGUUGAAUUGUUAGGGGUGGCAUUUCUGUUGGUUGGUUUGACGUCGGACCAAGCGGAAACCCCAGAGCCAAAAGACGCGCCCAUCAUAUUUUCUCCAGUAACUUGAUACCAACCCCGGGGGAGGUGCAGGAAGGCUGGGCACUACGGCCACCGGUGUUUCUCUGAAUUUUAGACAGUAAAUUCGGGUCUCAGCUUAUGGCGGCAACUGCUCUUAAUUACCCUUUUUCUGGUCGGGACCUAGCACGUCUUUCCAUAAGCUCUGCUUCCACCAUGUCUUCAGGGGUCUCUAUGAUUAGUGGAGCGAAUUACAGCUCCUCGUCAGCCUCAUCAUCCACUUCGUCCCCGCCACAAAUUUCCAUUUCGUCAGCUGAGGAUCAAACGUCCGAGAACGGGGCUGUUACCAAGAUCGAAGACAUGGGGAGCGAAGAUAUGUUGAAGAAUGCCCCACCCCUCCCCUCGCCUACCGAAGCUGGAGAGCCAUCCAAGCGGGGCAGGGGCAGGCCGCGGAAACAUCCUCUUCCACCAUUUGGAGCUGUGCAGAAGGUUACCAAGGGCAGGUCGAAGACGGGCUGCAUCACUUGCAGAAGGAGGAAGAAGAAAUGUGACGAGACGAAGCCCGAAUGUCCGUUAUUUGCCCCUUGGCCCCACCUCUUCGAAUCCACUUCCGAAGCUCCACGUUUGAGAUUAUGCUCGCUGAUUUGUUUGUGUAGGUAAUAAUUGUGUCAAGAAUGCGGUUGUGUGUGAAGGGUAUCCGGAGAAGACCUAUUGGCAAAGUGGCCGUCAGAGAGCAGAGGGUGAAUGCCGAUCGACCUGGGAACUUUGGUGCCAAAAAAACCUUCUACUAACUUCGCUCAUAGCAAGGAACUCCGCCCCGGCUGCCGUUUCUAGGUUUUCCGACCUACCCUGCUUGAUCGAUGGAAUUGAAACACGAAUAGACCGUGUUCUUCUCGACCACUUUGUUCGAAACGUGAGUCGUAUCCUGACUCUGUUCAACGAUAAUACCAAUCCUUUCCGGGAGAUGCUUCUCCCACUAGCACUUCAGCACCGUGGCCUGAUGCAUUCUUUGCUUUGCCUGUCGGGAUCUCACUUGUCCAACGCAGAUCCAACAUACAGCUUGGCUCAGCAACAUCACUUUGGGAAGGCCAUGGAAUAUCUUCUCAAUGAUCCUGUGUUGACAGGACAGAUUGCCAUUGCUGGCGACCCGACCAUCGCCACGACACUGAUUCUCUGCCUGAAUUCCAUAUGUAAGGGGGAGACUGAGGGGGAAUAUAGACCCCACCUGGACGCUGCAAGGCACAUGUUAUCGCCGACCAGUUCUGCGGAGGAUUGCGGUAACACCUUUAGCAAUUUCCUUUACGAGUUUUUUAUGUACCACGACGUGAUCAAUUCUGUCACAUCGUUGGACAGACGACCCAUUCUGCUUAUGGAGAACUACACUCUUCCCGCCUUUAUUAUCCAGCCCGAGGCCGGUGCUUUGCUAGGCGUUCUCGACGGGCUAUUCGGAUACCUAUCCAAGAUCACACUGCUGCGAGAUCAGAUUAGGACACGGAAGGCAAAUGGAGAACAUCCGAGCGUGGACUACGAGGUUCUAUCGCAGGCAGUUGCGAUUGACUCUGAGAUUCGUGAAUGGGUGCCUGCUCAGGUACCGGAGUCACACCGCUUCAUUGCCGCGCAGCUUUAUCGGCAAUCGACUUGGGUUUACCUCUACCGAACUAUCAUGCCUUCCACGCCAAACCCUAAGAUUCAACGCGCGGUCGAGGAAGGGCUUCAGUACCUCCGCCAUCUCCCCGAGAACUCGGGUACCCAAAGUAUACUUCUGAUGCCGCUGUUUAUCCUGGGAUGCGCUGCGUUCGAUUCAAAUCAACGACCCGAGAUAUCGAGGCGCUUUCAAGGUCUGCAUGAGUAUUCCGGGCUUGGCAAUAUCGUCACGGCGCACGACGUUGUUAAGAAGAUCUGGGAAUUGAUGGAUCAAGGGGAUGAGGAAAGAAGCUGGGAUUGGGAGAAGAUAAUCAAUGAGAUGGGAUACGAUUUUCUGGUUACCUGA